AAAGCUAGGGGACCGUACAUGAAAUUGUAAUGGCAGUGAUAUAAUGAAAUUGCUAAAUAUAUUAGACAAUAACAAUACAGCUGUAGUAGACGGUGUUUCAAACGAUAUAUUAUAGCAAAGCAUUCUUCUGGUCUGUGUAUAUAAGUAGUUCUAAUGUCCAUAAAAACCUUUACCUUAUUUAAUAACAGCUUGUAAUUUUUGUACGAUAUUUUAAUGUGACACCAAACAUCAUCAAAAUUAAUUCAUGACAGUAGUCAAAUUUUUAUUCAUAUUAUUUAAAUUACGGUAUCAGAAUAAAGUAAACCAAUAGACGUGCAGUAUAACGAGUAACUAAAAUGACCACAAUCGUUGGAUCUGACUCGCACAAAGUAACCAAAACUAUCGUGACUUCUCCGGAAAUUUAUAAACCCGUUGGACCAUACAGCCAAGCAAUCCUAUCUGGCAAAACUCUAUAUAUAUCUGGAGUCCUCGGGUUGGAUCAACAAGCUCAAUUAGUCUGCGGCGGUGCUGAAGCUCAAGCUAAACAAGCACUGGACAAUAUGAAGCACAUUUUAGAAGCUGGAGGGUCGUCAUUACCAGGCGUCAUUAAGACCACUAUUCUUUUGGCCAAUUUAGACGACUUUCAAGUAGUUAAUCAAAUAUAUGCCCAAUAUUUUCCUAAGGACCCCCCGGCGCGUGCCACGUAUCAGGUGGCCAGGUUACCGCUCGGAGCAGCUGUUGAAAUCGAAGCCAUUGCCCUCAGCGGGGACCUAGUAAUUGCUGAAGCAGGCCCGUGUCCCUGUGCUCGCCUAUAAUUUUAAACUUGCCUUGUUUUGAUUUAUGUAUUCGCUGUAAUUGUUCAUACAUUUUUUCGUAUCGUUCGUAUUAAACCAAAAAUAUGCUUUACAAAAUUCUUAUUAAAUGUAUUUAAAAAUUAAAUUUUUUGCUUAUGUGUAAUGUGUCGCUCAGUGUGAGUAGUAACAGUAGUGGUUUCAGCGUGCGACUCUCAACUAGGUGGU